AUGGACGUCGCAGUGACAAAAGAUCGAGUGUUUUUCACAAUAAAUGGAAGAAAAUGUAGCGCGGGUUCCGAGUUCACAGUGGACUUGACAUUGAAUCAGUACAUUCGGCAAUAUGGGGAGUUUCGUGGCACGAAGUACAUGUGCAAAGAAGGUGGAUGCGGCGUCUGUGUGGUCAACGUCAGAGCUCAUGCAGCUGGUACACAAGAAUAUACCACGUUUUCCGUUAAUUCUUGUCUGGUUUCUAUCAUGUCUUGCGAUGGUUGGGAUAUAACGACUAUAGAAGGUAUUGGCAAUAGAAAGAUUGGCUACAAUAUCAUUCAGAAACGACUCAAUCAUUUCUUUGGGUCCCAAUGUGGUUACUGCAGUCCAGGGUUUGUGAUGAGCAUGUACAGCCUCGCACAGGGCAGUGACCGCCAUCUAAGUGAAGCAGAAAUAGAAAACUCUUUCGGUAGCAACCUUUGUAGGUGUACAGGCUACCGUCCCAUUUUAGAAGCAUUCAAAUCUUUUGCCGUCCACCCAGACGCGAAUAUAUUGAAGAAGAUAAAAGAUAUUGAAGAUAUAUCUGAACAAAUAUGCCCGAAAUCCGGUAAAACGUGUGGAGGCACAUGUGGGAUAAAUGAGGAUUGGUGUUUAGUAAAUAUGAAUAAUACGAGUGCUUCGGAUUUGCCUAAGAAAAUAUGUCUCGCCGAUGGACGGUUGUGGUUCUCCGUUAGCGAUAUAAGAUCAAUAUUUGCUGUUUUGGACGAUGUUGGGCUUGAAUCUUAUAUGCUCGUCGCUGGUAAUACCGCAAAAGGAGUCCGUCCAAUGUUAUUUUAUCCGAAGAUAUUGAUAGAUAUAAGCGAUGUAAAGGAAUUGGCGACUCACUACAUAGAUGUGAACUUAGUACUUGGAGCUAACAUGACAUUGACUGAUACGAUGCACUUAUUCAAAGAGUUGGCUCAAUCCAAUGAGGAUUUCUGGUACCUGCACAUAUUGUAUGAGCAUAUGGAUAAAGUGGCUCACAUACCGGUGCGAAAUAUUGGGACUCUAGCCGGCAAUUUGGCAUUAAAAAAUUCGGAUCCAAGUUUUCAAUCAGAUAUUUUUCUUUUAUUGGACUGUGUUGGGGCUAUGGUAACAUUAGUGGACCGUGAUAUGAGACAGACAGAUAUGAAUUUGCCGGAAUUUUUGACGACAAAUCUUAAAGGGAAAGUGAUGACACAGAUCAAACUGCGUCCAUUGUCUCGUCACUAUGAAUUAGUGACUUAUAAGAUUACGCCAAGGGAACAAAAUGCUCAGGCAGACGUAAAUGCUGGCUUUCUUUUGAAAUUCAACUCUCAUACACAUCUUGUUGAAGAAGCGUCUAUUGUGUAUGGUAAUAUUAAUCCAUCAUUCACCCACGCUUAUGAGACGGAAAGGUUUUUAAUUGGACGUAAUAUAUUUAAUAACAACGUCCUACAAUCUGCUCUGCACAUCUUGGAACGAGAAAUAGAUCCCAGUAUCCGACCACCAUAUCCACCGCCGUGUGUUCGGAAGAAAGUGGCUCUUGGACUUUUCUAUAAGUGUAUUAUAAAGUUAUGCCCAAAAGACAUACUGAACCCGAUCUAUAAGUCAGGAGCUACAACCCCUAGUGACGAUCGACCGCCAGUCAGCCGUAGCUAUCAAGAAUAUGACACGGAUAAGAAAGACUAUCCUAUAACACAACCAUUACUAAAGAAGGAAGGAAUGAUUCAAUGUGCAGGCGAAGCAGAGUAUUGUGACGAUAUACCCACUAUAAAAGAUGAAGUCUUUGCAGCUUUUGUGCUCUCUACGGUAGCAAGAGGAGAUAUUGAAAGUAUUGAUAGUUCUGAAGUUAUGAAAGUGGACGGUGUAUUAGCAGUGUUAACAUCUGUAGACAUACCAGGUGUAAAUAGCAUACUUCGUGGAGAUUUUCUCCUAAUGUUUGAAAAUGAAGAACUUUUAGUAAGUACCAAGGUAAAGUUUUAUAAUCAACCAGUUGCUAUCGUCGUUGCAACGUCUCAAGAAUUGGCUGACAAAAUGGCCCAAGUAGUAAAAAUAAACUACAAGAAUGUUCCAAAAAGACCACUGAUUUUUACUAUUGAAGAUGCAAUACAUGCCCCAAAAGAGGAAAACAGACUUAUUCCAUAUCCAGGAAUAGUGCCAACUGAUAGAGGAGCCAAUGUCAGGAAGAUUAUUAAAGGGAAAUUUAUCAGUCCAUUGCAGUAUCAUCACAUGAUGGAGCUUCAUACAACUGUUACAAUACCAGUCGAUAAUGGUUAUGACGUUAUAUCGUCAGCUCAAUACCUGGAUAUUACACAGGCAGCAAUCGCUAAACUUUUGAAGAUUCCCGAGAAAUCGUUGAAAAAUUGUUACGAUUCUCGUAGAUGGAAAUGUGAUUCUUUUGGCGCCAUUACAGAUUCUCCAACCAAUACCUUUAUGAGAGCCCCUGGUGGUUUUGAAGGAAUAUCUGGAAUAGAACAUAAUGGACCAUAUAGCCGAAGAGUUAAAUGCAGAUCCGAUAGAAACAGAAUAAAUUUCAAGGAGCGCCUUAAUAAUGUAAAAGAGUUCAAUCAUCUCAAUAGGUGGAAGAAACGGGGAAUAAGGAUGAAUAAUAUGGCAUUUCCAACUGCAUAUAUAGGCAAUUAUGGAGCUCUCGUGUCAGUAUACCAUGGCGAUGGAAGUGUUAUCGUAAAUAUUGGUGGUAUUGAAAUGGGACAAGGAAUUUUCACAAAAAUGGCUCAAGUAGCAGCAUCCCAGUUUGACAUUCCUGUUGAAACUAUUGGUCAAUUAUUCCAUAUUUGGAUAGCUGUAACUGAAGUGGAAGUUGACAUUUUGUCUGGAAGCAAAUGGGUUGUUCGUGCAGAUAUAUUUGAAGACGCUGGUCGUAGUUUGAAUCCAGCUAUAGAUGUUGGCCAGGUUGAAGGAGCAUUUGUUCAGGCCAUGUCUUUGUGGUUAAUUGAAAAUAUAGUGUACAACGAACAUACUGGAGAAUUAUACAGUGAUCGGACUUGGACGUAUAAAAUUAUCGGAGCUAAAGAUAUUCCAUAUGACUUCCGUGUUUAUUUUAGACGAAAGAGGCCUAACCCUGUAGGCAUUUUGGGAUCUAAAGCUGUUGGUGAACCUCCAGGCUGCCUUGGUCAUGUUGUGGUUAAUUCUUUGAGAAUCGCAGUAAAAUCUUCUCGCAGUGACAGUGGCUACCAUCCAGAUUUUGUCAAUUUACAAGUCCCAGUGAAUAUGGAAAGUCUAGUUGAAGCUGCUAAUGUGAGAAUAGAAGAGUUUCUACUGUACUAACUAAGAAAUAGCAGAUGAUUAUUUAUUAAUAAGAAAAUAGUUUUAUACUAUGGGAGAAGAACAUCUUUCUGAAUCAUAGUCUAAUAAUUAUUAUGGGCAAUGACCUUUUUCAUUAUAACGUCUCGAUAGUAAAGUAAUAAUAUCAGUUGAUCCUACCUAAGCGUUUAUAUUAUAGUUGAAUGAUUCCCUUUGUCGGUCGUAAAUCCAUUGCUUGUACUAGGGUUUAUUUGAUUAUGUGGACGGACUCGGCGCCGGGACGCAUAUAACCAGGUUUAUGGCUUACUUAAAUAACUACUGUACUACGGAACCCCUUGCCUAUGUACUUUUGUUUUACGUAUUUAAUUUAUUUUAUUUCUAAACGUUUAUAAAAUUACUUUUGUUUAUCUUUUAUUAUUAUUGUUUGUUUAUUGUCUGAGG